CGAUGCCCACUUCUAACUCCUCCUAACAACGGUAGAAUUAAAGGGACUUGCUCGAGACUCAAGGAUUCUAGAUGUGAUUUUGAGUGCGAUCAAGGUUUCAAUCUUACCCACAAUGCCCCACUCUGCAUUGUCAUGAAUUCAGAUGCAUCAUGGGAUGGACCUGUUCCUUCAUGUAUAGGUUUACAAUGCGAAAAAGAUGAAGUGCUUCUCCCGAACGGUCAAACGCUGAUAUUCAACCAAACGGAAGUAGGAAAGCACGCCAAUGCCCCGAUCAUCUGUGCAACAAGCAACGCAGAUCACUUUCACACUGUAAGCCGUCUGUGUUAUUACAACGAGACAGCAGGGGCUUCAUGGCGGGAUCCUUUAUAUCAGCAAUGCUUGACCAACAAUCCAACUAAUGGAUCUAACGCCAACUCCAACAAAACUCGGCCUUCUACCAUCGAUGCUCUCAUUUCGAACCCCGACAACAUCCAACUCGACUUCGUUCCCUCACUCCUUGAAGAUACCAGUCUCACGCCAAAGAAAGUUUUGGCCCUGGUAGAUACGAUACUUGACAAAGACAGUAAUACCUUUGAAGACAGCCAAGGAGCGGCGGACUCGAUCUUGUCGUCCGUCAAUGCUUUCAUUGGUCGAUUGCAGGCAACAAAUGUCAGCAGCAACUUAACUUUCCGCGGCGAGAACGUCGUUGUAGCGGCGGUAAAGGUACAGAGAACAUCGUUCCCCCUUACGGCAAGUAUUAGUGCUCCUAGUCGCAAUGAGGACGAUGACGUCAUCACAUUUUCAUCCAAUGAGGAGAGCGAGGAGACCGGAAAAGAAGAGGGAUUAUCAUCGGUAUUCUUGCCAGAAGAGAUCCUGGAUUUCUUACCAGAUGAGAAUAAUCACGUAGCAGUCAGUGUAUUUGUAUUAGAUUCUCUCAAAUUAUUUGAUUCGAACUCGUCAACCAACGAGGGAUUGAAGGAGGACGCCAUCUUAGCCUCAUCCGUCUUAUCUAUUACCGUAGAGGGAGUUGAUGUUAAAAAUCUCUCUGAUCCAGUGGUUUUGAAUUUCAAACUCAAAAGGGAUCUUAUACCGGACAGAACAAAAGAUGAGAUUGUCCCCCGAUGUGUCUUCUGGAAAAGCUAUAGGGGUGUGUCAGGAGGGGUGUGGUCUCAAGAGGGGUGCCAAACUGGCCAACUUUCUCAUAGAGGAUCGUUAUCAUGCCAGUGUACCCAUCUAACAAGUUUUGCCGUAUUAUUGGAUACAAAAGGAGGAUUCAGUUCGACGACCCUGGAUAUCAUUAGUAUACUAGGAUGCAGUAUUUCUAUUUUCUGUUUGAUCAUUACGAUCGGAGUCCUUGCUGGCAUAAGGAGUUUACGUCGAAGGCUUCCUCAACAGAUAAUGAUCAACCUCAGCUCCGCAUUACUCGGUCUUUACUUGGUCUUCGUCGUUGGCGUGGACAAGCCGUCCUGGGGACUAGGUUGCACAGUGAUUGCAAUCAUGCUGCAUUAUUUCAGUCUAGCAGCAGUAGCGUGGAUGGGUGUCGAGGCAUUUAGCAUGUAUCUCAUGUUCGUUAGAGUGGUGAACACGUACAUGCCCAAGAUGCUUUUGAAAUCCUGUUUAUUUGCAUGGGGUUGUCCACUGGUUAUUGUUUGUAUUACCGUCGCAGUAGACCUGAAAGCUUACAGAAAUCCAGACUACUGCUUCAUGAUUACAUUGGAGUCAUUCUAUUUUGCUCAGUUGCUUCCCAUCGCCCUUAUCCUCACCAUCAACACAAUCAUCUUCACCAUCGUCAUCUACAAAGUGACAUGUGGAAGGAAAAUGGCGUCGCUUACCAACACGAUGGAAGAUUCGAAUGCCGCGGGUCGGCGUGCUGAGCUACUUCGCAGCCUGCAGAACGCGGUAGCCAUCGGGACGUUGGUUGGUCUGAGCUGGGUGUGUGGAUUCAUGGCGAUCGGUGGCGCUCGGUUCUUCUUCGCCGUUCUCUUCGUCAUUUUCACCUCUCUGCAAGGCGUUUUCAUCUUCAUUCUUUUCUGCAUUCGUCUUCCGGAGGUUCGGCAACAGUUGAUCCGUAUAUCAUCCCGUGUCAUCCGGCUACUGACGGGCAGAAGAUUGGGUGGAUCACGUGGAAAGAGCACAAGCUCCACGUCUUCACGACCAUCAAAUGCCACCAUUUCGUACUCUACUGGAACGCAAGAUACCGUCUUUGAUGCCAAGAGUGCUGCGAUCCCAAAUGCUUACACAUCUUUCCAUACUAAAAAGUGACCGAUCAGCACAGAGUCCACAAUAAAGUACAAGAAAAAAUUGCAAUAGGACAAAUAAUUAGUUUAUUGAUUACUUAAAAACAAGAGAAUUUGACUAGCCUUAAAGAGUAACUUUACCUACAGCAAAAUAUGAUUAAAUCUGAACAAAGCAGAUACAAGGCGAUCUGACUGAAGCUGACGUCAUUUUUCCAUUUGAAUAUUAGGGAUAUGCCUAUAUAUAUAUAUAUUUAUUUAUAUAUAUAAUAUUUAUAUAUAUAAUACAUGUCUCGGGCCUCCGUAUUUUCUAACCUUCCUGGGAGGGGAGCAGAGCCCCUAGUCUAGGGCCCUGCGAACUUUUUUCUAGUGGGGGUGCUGAUGUAAAUUGAUAAAAAAUGGGGUUUAUUUACUACAAAAUGGAGGUACUUUAGGUUCCGAGAACUUUGAAAAGCAAUUAAAAAAGGGUUUCAAUACAAGAUGAAGGUCAUUUUGGCUAUAUUUAUCAAACCCACACCUUCCAGAAUUCUAGGGGGUGCUUCCUAUGGGAAAUAAUAUACGCAGCA